AACGGGGGGGGGGGGGUCAAUUAGUGGACAAGCGACACCGAAGGGAGGGCGGAGAGGGAGGAGAGGGAGGAGAGGGAGGAUGAAGGAACGCGGAGACGAAGAGCGGGUGAUAUUUAUGCUCCCAUCGAUUCCACCGCAUUCGCAGUUCCUUCCGGAUAUUUGGGGCGGUGGAUCCGUCAGCGCAUACACCACAUCUCUGGGUCGAAGCUGCCCCAAGGGUCAUUCACAUGGCUGGCCAAAGCAACAGGGGUCGUUUAUCAACUUCCUAGUUGGGAAGGUGCUCGGGGUGAUCGAUGUGGGGCUAAUGGGCCUUCCGUCACAGGGCGAGGACCUUUCCAACCCCGCUUCUCCCCAAGAUCCGAGGCUGGAGACUAUUGAUCGGCCCGAACUCGGAACUUCAAUUCUGGACAUCUCCAUCUCGGACAUUCGCAUUCGGCAUUUCAUUCUCUUGAUAACGCCGCCACCAACAGCCAACCUUCCCUUCUCGAAGCUCUUGAAGCCGCCAAGACCUACGCCACCAAGCCAUAGGCCCGUUAGACUCAUCAAGCCGAGGCUCCUCCGAAAAUCCCAGUCUCCAGAGAUAAUACAACGUACGUCAAAGUCGACAGGCCGAACAAGCCGGUCUUCACAUCAGGCACCCGACAGCCAAAGGCCUCCCAGCUCUCGCUCACCCUCACCCCUCACCCCUCACCCCGGUUAA